CGACUGACUUAUUCUUCUCGAUUCCCUUUUACACGAGUUAGUAGAUCAACAAUCCUGAAAACAACGAUUUUUUGCGGAAACGUUCGUGUUUUCUACUUUGGGUUAGCUUUGUUCUAAACCACUGGAAAAACCAGCGAUACGUUUUUCUAUUACACCGCAAGAUGAACCAGACUUUGGACGAUAUCAUUAGAAAUAAGAGGCUCGUUUCUAGAGGAGGCGGCAUGAAACCUAAAUUCAACACUGUGCGAAACACCGGUGGUGUUGGAGCGACAAAGAAGCUUGGACGAGCCAUGCAAACGAAGACCAGUCCUGUUGGCCCUGCUCCUUCGAUUGCAAGCAGACUUGGUGAUGCCAGGAUGAAGAUCAUUGCCAAAAAACGACAGAAUUUGGUAGAUGCCAGGGAUCAGCUGAAUGAAAUCGCCAGACAGGGUGAUGCUAGAGAGAAACUGAUCAUGAUUCGGGCCAAGAAAACCGCAGGAAACCCAGGAAAACCCAAAUCGCUCUUCACGAAAGCCUUGGGUGGUCUUAAAAAAAGCCCUGUUAACAAUAAACCAGGGGCUCAAGGAUUUGUGACGAAAAGGCAAAAGAAGCCAGUGCCACUCAAAGCCCUCACCAGAACAGUUUACCAAGACGUUGAACCUAGAAACUACCUUCAAAUCGGCAGGCUUGGACAAUCGCAGUCGCUGCAUGAUAUUGAUGUUGAUGCUUACAAUGACCUGGACGCUGUAGAAAGAAGACCAUCUCCAAGGAGCAGCAGAGAGCGCCUUCCUGAUUACGAUGAGCUACUUGCCAUGUACGCCAGGAACAAGCUGCAACGUGCUGAACCGCAACCCCUCAGACGCACUGCCUCCACGAGCCAACCUCUGUUCAGGAAAAGCAGUUCUUCCGGCAUGAGGAUGGACCAAUAUUACAAGGCAGAUUCAGAAGAGGGAGAAGAGGAGGAAAUCGAUGAUAUGGAGAUUGAGGAGGAGCACCCUCCGUCAAGAAGCAAGUUCGUGAGCAGGACCAUCCAAGCUAAGCCUCAGUCGUCCAAUAUGUUCAGACGGGUGCAGCAGUCUUCCUCGUCUGCGUCUGCCUCCAGAUCCAGCCACACUAGCUACAAGAAGACUAGCCAAGCAGGAUACCGCGUCCGUAUUUCCAACCUUGCUGCAAGUGUCACAAAAGACGACAUUAUGGAGCUCUUCUCGGACCCUGGACCUCUAUAUUCAUGGGACCUCUUGCAUGGAGGCAUCGCCGAGGUCUACUACAAAAAGCGUGACGAUGCUAUCAAUGCCGUAGAUGUCUACCAUAAACGCUUGCUUGAUGGGCAGCCCAUGGCUGUUACGUUCUAUGAUCAGCAUUAGUGUUGUACCGGUUAACUUCAAUGAAAGCAGAUCAGUGUGAAUAAAGUGUUAGUAGAGCGAAAUGAUCUGACAUCUGAACUAUCUAUCACUGCUCCAACGCAUGUAAGAUUGAAUUUUGUACUUGCUAAAGUUUACGAUUCGCAUCACUUUAUAAUGCAGUUUUUUUGUCAUAAUUCAACAUGUCCGGGAUAAUAAAUUCAUUUAGCUAACUUGCAUUUAAAA